AUGCUGAACCUUCCCACAGAGCUCGCUCUCCAAGUCAUCGCGCUCCUCGACACAUGCACAACAUUAAGAGACUUGACAUACGAUCGCACGCUGUGGCUCGGGCUCUACCACUGGGUGCGGUCGUUCCUCCCCGUCCCUACCCCAGACUCGCCUUCUAGCCACGACCCGAGGGCUCACAAUUCAAGCUCGUUGGAGACACUCUCACAACCCUCCCUCGAAAAGCUCGUCGUCGCAUCCCUGCAAGUUGAGCGCUCAUGGCUCCUCCCGCGUCCGCGCAUCCUCACUAGGCUCGUCUCGCCCUCCGCCCCCAUGCGAUCUGAACUCUCCCUCUCUUCGCUCGAAUUCGUGCGCGAUAGGUAUCUACUGGCGGUGUACGAGCAGGGCAUGGUCGAUCUGUGGUACAUGGACACGGACAUGGACAAGGACGGGCAGUGGAAGGAUAUGAAGCUGUAUGCGUGGUACGCGUUUGAUGAGGAUCUGGGGGUACUGUCGAGCGCACAUGAGGUUAGCGUUAGUGAGGAUGGGGAGGUGUUGUAUGUUGCUGUUACGUUGGCUGAGGUGUUCAUCACGAGGAUAAUCUCCAUCCGACUCGAUGCGGAGAGCGCGAACACCAUCCAACGCUUUGACGUCGUGAACGGAGUCGACCUCUCAUCUCCGAGGGUCGUCCGGGCCAUCGAUGUCGAGUCAGGCAUCGCGCUCUUCUCACACGUGUCGUCGAUGGAUGUGGUCAACUGGCGGACCAACACCUCUGUUCCCAUUACUGUACAUGCAGACGACGAUCUUGAGGAGCUUUGGAACGGAAUAACGGCCAUGACCUUCUGCGGACCCUACAUAGUGUGCUUCCGCGCCCGCUCGAUCGAGCUCUACCCCAUCCCCUCCCUCCCUGACACUGCACCCUCAUCCUACACCCCACACUACCCCCAUCUCCCUGUCCUCAUCCACCGCUUCUCCCACAUCACCUUCCGCCGCGUCUCCGUCUCCCACCGGCGCCCCUCACCCUCCACCUCACCCUCCUCAUCUCUUCCAACAAGCUACACCCUCUCCUUCGUCGGCUACGACGUCUUCCACGGCCUCUUCCAGUGCCUCCUCACCCUCACCCUCGCCCCCGUCCCCUCCCUCACAUUCGCCCUCGCAGCACUGCACCCCGUCGGCAUCGCGCGCGACAUGGUGCACGCGUACGCGAGCGUGUUCGGCGCGGGCGCGGGGAAGCCCGCGUUCGUCGGCGCGUGGGCGCUGGGUCCGCAGGGGCGGCGGGGCGUGUGGGUCGAGCGCAUGCGGGAGAGUCUGACGACGAGCCUGUAUGCGUUUUCGUGGGAUCGUACGCGGCAGAAUGUGCGGCCGCGGUUGAAGGAGAGUGUUGUCGUGGGUGAGGGACCCGAGGACGGGGAUGGGGCGGUGGACGAUUCGGAUGCUGUGGAUGGGAUUGUGGUGGAGACGGAGGCUGAGUCGAGCGACGAGGAGGAGGUUGGAUUUGUGAGGGUGCAGACGGGGGUUCCGCUCAUGGACGGCAAGAUCGUGAUGGAGGUGCCGUCUAUCGAUCUUCGAGAGGACAUCACACUAUGUGCUUUGUCAGAAGCUACAGGUCGCAUAGCGCUCGGGCUCCGUUCUGGGUCUAUCAAGAUCGUGUAGCCGCUCGUGCGGUUGGUACAAGCGGAAUAUCAAUAUAUGCGUUGGGUUUACUUCUGAUUAUACCAUCCUACACACAUUACAUACGCCAUGGAAAGCAAGACAUGGUUUUCAACCAGGAAAACUGGUACUUUUUGGAGUGAUCGAUGAGAACGUGAUCAUCAGUAAUCAGACGCGCGUGCCGUACACGUCCUUGGGCUCGACGCCGGCUUGGCCUCGACGGAUGUUGGCCUGGGCCC